GGAGAUGCCCUUAAAAGCCCCCAUUUGCCAACGGCUCAUUCCUUUGAAGUCUCAACUUCCGGACCCUCCUCGCCUUCAUCUUCAUCAAUAACGUAAUUAAGAGCACUAACUACUAACUAGUAGAGUUAAAUGAUCUUUAAUUGUCACCUACAUAAAAUUCCAAACCUUAUUAGAGCAUCUGCAUUAGUGAACUCCAUGGAGAGUUCACAUAGUUUUCGAAAAAAAAAAAAUAUUAAAAUAAACAAAAGCAAUGAACCUGCCUCUUGGGAGUUCACUGCACUGAACCCGGAUCAUCACUGUAGCGCGGGCCCACGACACGUGGCGGCCCGCGAUUGAUCCGAUUAAUAUAUAUUUUUUUUUUUUAAACAAAAAUCAAACAGAAAAAAAAUAAUAAUAAAAAAAUGCUUUGUGAACCCCUUCCAUGGGGUUCACCAAUGCUGAUGCUCUUAGAAGCUUCUUCGAGUCUAGACCCUCAACAUACUACUUCAUCUUCCCUUACUUUUACACAGGGUUUUAUAUUCUUUCUUAUUCAAACACGUUUCCAAGUUAGAAGACGAACACAGAACAGUUUUGUUUCUUUUACUAGUCGUCGGAAGAAAACCUUAGUAAAAAAUAGAUAAAAAAACAAAACACAGUUGCACUGAGUUCCUGUUUCUUGUAUCGUUACUCUGUUUUUAGCUGAAACAAAGUGUCUUCAGUUCCGAUCAAAGAUGGGUCUUUACGUAGAAUGUCAUCGUCGUGAUAGUUGACGAAGAUAUGGCAGCGUCUUCUCAGGUAGAGAUCGCGUCUCUGCGAUCUAACUUCGGAUGUCUCCUCAGAGAUUGCAACAGAAGAAACAACAACGAUGACGCCAUUGUCAAGAAGAACCUGCACGCACAAGUGAAAUCUCCAGUUAUCUCCGACAAGAACUCGCAGAACAGAGUCGGUUCUUGGAAAGGAAACAAGCCGAGAAAGAAGAGCAAAAGCCGUCUUGGAUCGCCGGAGAAACCACGUGUCGGAAAAGAGAGCAAUUUUUCCGACAGGACUAAACCUUCUCUCCUGCAGAUAUGGGAGGCACGGCUGAGUCCAUCCAACGGCGGAAACUCGCCGAUCUACGGCCAAGGAACUGAGAGAAGUGUUGGAGCGAGCGUUCGUGAAGAAACCAACCUUUCGGCUCCCUCCAUCGACGGCGAAUCUGAGUCAGAGAACGAGUCGAGGGAUCAUGAUCCAACGGUGGAGAUUGAAUCCGAGACUCUCCACUCGGUUCCUGACUCGGGAGAGAGCAAAUGGGGCCGAGUCGCUGAGAUUAUCCGGAGACUGAAGCUAACCGCCGGCGAUAAUGUCGGUGCAGUUGAGAAAACGUCUUUGCCGGAGAAAAGUAUUUUUCCGGUGGUUUCUUCGCCGCGUCUCCGAGGAAGGCAAGCGUUUACCGAUUUGCUUACGCGUCUGGAACGCGAACGUCACCGGGAACUAGAGUCGCUUCUUGAACGCAACGCAGUUUCUAAAUUUCCUCAACGCGGUCGCCUCCAGUCAAUGUUGCGGCUAAGGAGUCUCAAACGCGGCCUAGUGAUUCAAGAUCGUCAUCGGUCUAGCGCAAAAUCACCUGAUUUGAAUCGCCUCGAACAUGGCCCUACAGUUCUCCACCUAAGGGAAAGAUUUCGGGCAAACGCUACUUCUUCUACGGAGCGGUCAAGCCUUCCAAACCGCAAGACAGAGGAGGCAAUGCUAUGUAAGAAAGAAACUGAAUCAAAUUUGAGUUGCCUUCAUAUGCAAGAAAUCAUAUUACCAGAAGCCUUGAGCAGAAAUUCUGAUAACAAUAGCCCCAGCACCAGCGUGACUCAUCGAGAAUCACAGAUUAUGGAGAACAUGGUAGAAAGCGGUACGCAGGGGAGUCAAGAAACACCAUUCCUUGAGAAACAAGAAACCUCACAUAGAUGGGAGGAGCAAGAAGAGUACGAGGAAGAACAGUCUUGUUACGGAGAAAUGAGCUAUUAUGACUGGUUUACAGAAAUAUCUCGGCCUCGGACUUACUGGGAAGAUCUGAGGAAAUCGCGGUAUCUAGAAGUGAUGAACUCCCGAUCUGACAAAGAUGAUAUAUGCAGACUCCUUGAGAGAACGGUUUCUGAUUUCCUCCAGAGCGGAUUGAGAGAUACGAUCGAUAAGCUCAUAAUGUCCCGUGUACAGACACGUCCUAUUCAGCGUAUUCACCAAGCUGGUAAAGAGGAACAAAACUGUGACGUAAGCGAAGAAGAAGAUGACUUGAGCCACACGUCAUCGCAGACAUUUGCAUCAUCACCGGCAGGUUCAUGGAGUUCUCAGGACACAGGAGUUACUUCCACUCCUGACUUAUUAUUACCUCUUCACAAUCUCCAGACCACUGAGAUGGAGAUUAUAAGCGAAAUGAGAUCACAGAUCUUACAGCUACAGCUAGAAAUGUCAGAGCUACGAGACUCUGUCAAAACGUGUUUGGACGUAAACGCUAGCCUUCAAAAGUCAGUUCACAGGGAAAAUCCACUGAAACGCAUAUGCUGCGUUUGUAACGAAACGCAAGUUGAUACACUUCUGUACAGGUGUGGGCACAUGUGCACAUGUCUGAGAUGCGCAAACGAACUACAAUGUAAUGGCGGGAAGUGUCCGAUUUGUUGUGCUAAGAUCCUUGACGUUGUCCGUGUCUUCGUCGAUUCAAGAACCUAAAAUUAAUAAAAACCAACGGUUCAAAACGCUAACGGUACUUCACUUUAACCUUACAAACGUUUUCUUUUGUUUUAUGACUUUUUUCUUCCUUUGUUUGCUUUUAAGCUCGACUGUAGCGCGUUUGCGUUUUGGAUCUGCGUCCAGGAUUCAUAUCCAUUCUCUUUAUUGUCGGAAUAACUAACCGAGCCUCUUUUCUUGAUGUUGAAGUCUUCUUCUUGUAAAGACACGUGCACAUCAAGUUUGAACGAGGUUAAAAGGUUUAGUAUUUUUAGUACUUACCCUUUAUUUUAUAUUUUUAGUUAUGUACAAGUAUAAAACAAUGACAGAAACAUGUUUAUAGCAUUUUUUACUGA